AUUCCGGGCCGGAAGCGCGGAGAAGAGGCACCCCCAGUGAAGAUAGCAGCCCGGAACCACUAUCCCACCGGACCACCUCCUCUCCGGACAGUCCUGCAGCACCGGACCAGCGCCGAGCGGAGACUUGUUCAGCAUCAAAAUGGACACAGACAACAAUACGAGCAAUUACACAUGUGACCUGUAUUACCACCGAAACACAGCAAGAAUUUGGCUGCCAAUAUUUUACAGCAUUAUUUUCUUGUUUGGAUUGCUUGGAAACAUUCUGGCUAUGUUUGUCAUCCACAAAAACAGGCGGAAGCUCAACUCUACCACACUUUACUCAAGAAACUUGGUCAUUUCAGACAUAUGUUUUGCCAUAGUCACACCUUCCAGGAUUGUGUACUAUGCUAAGGGCUUCGACUGGACUUUAGGUGAACCACUCUGUCGAGUGACUGCUCUUUUUCUGUACAUUAAUACUUAUGCUGGAGUAAACUUCAUGACUUGUUUGAGCGUUGACCGCUUCUUUGCAGUGGUGCACCCGCAUCGCUAUAACAAAACACGGAGGGUGAAGAUUGCCAAAAUCAUCUGCAUUGGCGUCUGGUUGCUUGUCUUCUGCCAAACAUUACCACUUCUUCUACAGAAUAUGUCUUAUUUGGAGCCAAAUGGGAAAAUAACAUGUAUGGAAUACCCAAACUUUGAAAAAGAUGAAGAAUUUAACAAACACUUGCCAUAUGCGCUGCUUGGAGCCUGUGUUAUUGGAUUUUACAUUCCUCUGUUUGUCAUACUGUAUUGCUAUUCUCAAAUAAGUAUUAAGCUCUGCCAGACGACAAAGAAGAAUCCAUUAUCAGAAAAAACUGGAACCAACAAAAAGGCUACUAAUACAAUUAUUUUAGUCAUUGUGGUAUUCUUUAUUUGUUUUUCACCAUAUCAUGUGGCCAUUACCCAGCAUAUGAUCCAAAAACUCAUUCAGGAGCCAGACUGUGAAAAGCAGAAACUAUUUCAAGUUGUCCUUCAUAUCACGGUUUGUCUAAUGAACCUGAAUUGUUGCCUAGAUCCCCUCAUAUACUUCUGUGCAUGCAAAGGAUACAAGAACCAGAUUAUGAAAAUAUUAAAACGGCAAGCUAGUAUUACCUCUUCCAGUGCCACACGGCCAGCAGGUGAAGAAAUUUCACGAGAGCUUACAGAAAGCCAAACAGUACAAAGUAUGCCAUUAAACCAUAAAGCAAAGCCAUCGGUAAUAAAAAAAUAAAAUUGUGACAACAAAUGACUCUUCCUGACAAACAGUAAAUGACAGAAUACACUGUAUAUGUUUGUAUUUUUCUACAUUCUCACUGUGGAAACCUGCAGUAAUUGUUCCACUUGAAAAAAAGGCCAUCAAAACCAGCUAACCAUCUUAAACUUGGAACAAUUUAAUUUAAGGUGCGACUUACUCAUCUACAUUGUAUAUAUAUAUAUAUGUAAUCAACAUUAAUAUGUGUGUCCGGUGAGACAAAUAAGUGUACAACAAAGGUGCCAAAUAGACCACUUUUAAAGUGAGAUAUUAUAACGGUUAUAGACACCAAUAACAUAAUACUAUAUACAUUAGUUACCUGGUCCCCACGUGUAAUCGAGUUGUGAUUGAAAAUCUGGUGCAUUACCAUGCUCCCACACUUGACCAGCAGGACCUGGAAAAACAUGGACAAAUGCCACCAAAACCAAAAAUUCUGGUCUAUCAAAAAUCUAAACUUCUUUUGUGUUGUUGCAAUUUUUGUGCAUCUGGAUUCUGGAAAAUGUACAUAUAUUCCAUAUUUUGUACAGGAUUUUGUUUUGUAAAAUAAAAUA